CGAGUUAGGGAAGAUUUGGUACGGAACCUGAUGAGUUUUUAGCUCACUUCCGGCUUGUUGGGAGUGAGUUGGGGGAGAAUUUUGAUUUGUUAGUGUGUUUGAAAGGAAACAGUGCGGAUUGUGUGGACCUUUAACGACAGGUCAUGGCUGAUUUCUCGUUAGCUGAUGCGAUAGGGGAUGAUGCCCCGAGUCAAGCAUCAAAAAUUGCACAUGGCAAGCCAUCGGCUCCUACAGCACCAGCUGCCCCCUCAUGGCCUGGUGCACCUCCUGCAGGCCCAGCUGCCCCUGCAUGGCCCGGAGCGGCCCCAGCUGCUCCUGCAUGGCCCGGAGCAGCCCCAGCUGCUCCAGCAUGGCCUGGUGCACCCCCUGCUGUACCUGGUGCCCCUGCUGCUCCUUUAUGGCCAGGGGCACCUCCAGCGGGCCCAUCUAACCCUGCUGCACCUGCAUGGCCUGGGGUUGCCCCAGGUGGGCCAAACUUGCCCCACUCUGGAGGUCCAGUCGCUCCUCCCCCUGCCCCAGGAGCUCCAGGCCAGUUUCCCAGCAUGCCAUCUGCCCCAGGCGGAUACCCCACCGGCCCUGGGAUGCCAGGACAGUUUCCCUCUGCACCAGGGCAGUUUCCUGGAAUGUACCCCUCUCCUCCAGGGGCUCCUCAGGCUCCCUACCCCAACAUGCCCUACCAGGGGAACAUGUAUGGCCCGGGAGGCCCCGCCUCUUUUCCUCCUGCCGCAGGGUUUUCUGGAGGAGUGUUUCCACCUGUGCCCUCUGGCUCAUGGGGACCGCCCACAGGCCCUCCAUCAGGACCGUAUGGAGGCCCCCCUGCUCCUGGAGGAAUGCUGCCAGUACCAUAUGAUCUGACACUCCAUGCUGGAAUUAUGCCACAACUUCUAAUCACAAUAGUUGGAGAACCUGUACCUGGAGGAGAGAGGUUUCAAGUGGACUUCAUGAAGGGUGCAGAUAUAGUGUUCCACUUUAAUCCUCGCUUCUCAGAGCAGACCAUUGUGAGGAACUCCAACCUGUCUGGGUAUUGGGGUCCUGAGGAAAGAGACGGAGGAUUUCCCUUCAUUCAGGGACGACAGUUUGAGUUGAAGAUCCUGGUGGAGGAAGAUGUGUAUAAAGUGGCUGUAGAUGGAAUUCAUGUUCUGGAGUACGAACACCGAGCAGGAGGAAUGGAGCAGGUCACACUGCUGAGGGUCUACGGAGACGUGACUUUAUACAGCGUCGCCCCUUCUAUCAUCUAACACACACAAACAUACACACAUUUUUGUUUGUUUUUUUUUAAAUAUGGAAUUCAGGUUAAAACAGUGAAACACUGAACUCACUCACUUAACAUCAUGAUUCCAAACACCACUAAAUUGUGUCUGUGUUGGAUGAACACACUUCUCAGCUGUUAACAGAUUUCUGUGAGACAUUUGAUCUAGUGAUAAAAUUUCAGCGUUAUCGUGAGUGUGUGUGUGUGUUUUCAGGAGCAACACUACAACAGCUGUGAGGUUAGAGUGUGAAUAUUAUCUUCAUCAGUAUUCUAAAUCUUAUUCCUCUUUAUUUCCUUCUCUCAGACUCUGUACUAAAACACAGGUUGAGAAUCAGAAUAGAUUUAUAUUUCUUUAUUUUAUUUUAUUAUUUCCGAGCUGCAGUAUAAAUGUGAAGCUCAGAGCUGGAUGAUGAGAUAUUACACGUUAUUACGUUACACUAGAUCUAUGCUGGAACAGUGAGGCUUCUGAGCCGCACCGAGUGGAAACGUCCUGCUAACGACUCAGUGCUUCAGUGAUGUUUUAAUGAGACACGACUGGCAUGUUAAUAAACAGUGUUGAGUCACGGGACACGGCGUUAACUGACAGGAUUAUUAGCAUGACCUUAUAUGGCACACUAAUAGCUUAAUCAAAUAAUAAUUUGCUUAAUUUAUAUAUUUAUAUCUGUCCAGCUUUGCGCAAAUGUCACGUUUAUUAGCAGAUUAUCAGGUAAAUUAUGAUAAAAACAGAUGUUUUGUGUUAAAGUCUUUGCAGUGACGAUAGUAAAAGAUUAAAAGCUUAAAAACUAUUAAUGAUUAUAAAGCUUUCACUUAACACUGACUCGGUAAAUUGCUCCUUAAUAUGCAAUAAUAAUUAAUCAAACUUUUAUAGUUACCAACAGAAUAAUAAAUGACUAAUAUAAUCAAUAAAAAGUGCACUAGUGCAUAUUCACUAGUGUUUCAUUAAAAAAAAUAAUUAUAAUAAUUUUUGUGAAUGAAAUUAACUUUUGCUUUUUUCUGGAUUGGAAGAGCUGCUGCAUCAAUAAACUACUGCUGUAUUGUAA